AAGGCCAAAGCACAGGAAUCUCAGUGGCUGAGUUUUAUGACGGGCCCGGUGCUGAAGGGCAGGGGACAUCUGAUGGUGCUACUUUGAACUGCUUUUCUUUCCUCCUUUUUGCACAAAGAGUCUCAUGUCUGAUAUUUAGACAUGAUGAGCUUUGUGCAAAAGGGGACCUGGUUACUCCUCGCUCUGCUUCAUCCCACGGUCAUUUUGGCACAACAGCAAGCUGUUGAUGGAGGAUGCUCCCAUCUUGGUCAGUCCUAUGCUGAUAGAGAUGUCUGGAAGCCAGAACCUUGCCAAAUAUGCGUCUGUGACUCAGGAUCUGUCCUCUGCGAUGACAUAAUAUGUGAUGAUCAAGAAUUAGACUGUCCCAACCCAGAAAUCCCAUUUGGAGAAUGUUGUGCGGUGUGCCCCCAGCCUCCAACAGCUCCUCCUCGCCCUCCUAAUGGUCAAGGACCUCAAGGCCCUAAAGGAGAUCCAGGUCCCCCUGGUAUUCCUGGGAGAAAUGGUGAUCCUGGUAUCCCAGGACAGCCGGGUUCCCCUGGUUCUCCUGGCCCCCCUGGAAUCUGUGAAUCAUGCCCUACUGGUCCUCAGAACUAUUCUCCCCAGUUCGAGUCCUAUGACGUCAAGGCUGGAAUAGGAGGAGGAGGAAUGGCGGGCUACCCCGGGCCAGCUGGUCCCCCUGGCCCUCCAGGUCCCCCUGGUACAUCUGGUCAUCCUGGCGCCCCGGGUUCUCCAGGAUACCAAGGCCCCCCCGGUGAACCUGGGCAAGCCGGUCCUGCUGGCCCUCCAGGACCCCCUGGUGCUAUAGGUCCAUCUGGCCCUGCUGGAAAAGAUGGAGAAUCAGGAAGACCCGGACGACCCGGAGAGCGAGGGUUGCCUGGACCUCCAGGUAUGAAAGGUCCAGCUGGAAUGCCUGGAUUUCCUGGUAUGAAAGGUCAUAGAGGCUUUGAUGGACGAAAUGGAGAAAAGGGUGAUACAGGUGCUCCUGGAUUAAAGGGUGAAAAUGGCCUCCCAGGUGAAAAUGGAGCCCCUGGACCCAUGGGUCCCAGAGGAGCUCCUGGUGAGAGAGGACGGCCCGGGCUCCCAGGAGCUGCGGGGGCUCGAGGUAAUGACGGUGCUCGCGGAAGUGAUGGACAGCCAGGCCCCCCCGGUCCCCCUGGAACUGCAGGAUUCCCCGGUUCCCCCGGUGCUAAGGGUGAAGUUGGGCCUGCGGGAUCGCCCGGCUCAAGCGGGUCCCCCGGACAAAGAGGAGAACCUGGACCUCAGGGCCAUGCUGGUGCGCCAGGUCCUCCCGGCCCUCCUGGGAGCAAUGGUAGUCCUGGUGGCAAAGGCGAAAUGGGUCCUGCUGGCAUUCCUGGAGCUCCUGGACUGAUGGGAGCCCGGGGUCCUCCUGGGCCACCCGGAACCAACGGUGUUCCUGGACAGCGCGGCGGUGCAGGUGAACCUGGUAAAAAUGGUGCCAAAGGAGAGCCGGGGCCACGCGGUGAACGUGGGGAAGCUGGUUCUCCAGGUAUUCCAGGACCUAAAGGUGAAGAUGGCAAAGAUGGUUCUCCAGGAGAGCCUGGGGCAAACGGACUUCCAGGAGCUGCAGGAGAAAGGGGUGCGCCUGGAUUCCGAGGGCCUGCUGGAGCCAACGGCCUUCCAGGAGAAAAGGGUCCCGCUGGGGAGCGUGGUGGUCCCGGCCCCGCAGGGCCUAGAGGAGCUCCUGGAGAACCCGGCCGAGAUGGUGUCCCCGGAGGUCCAGGCAUGAGGGGUAUGCCCGGAAGCCCAGGAGGGCCAGGCAGUGAUGGAAAACCAGGGCCUCCCGGCAGUCAAGGAGAAAGUGGUCGACCAGGUCCUCCAGGCCCAUCUGGUCCCCGAGGUCAGCCUGGUGUCAUGGGUUUCCCUGGUCCUAAAGGAAAUGAUGGCGCACCUGGCAAGAAUGGAGAACGAGGUGGCCCUGGAGGUCCUGGCCCUCAGGGUCCUGCUGGAAAGAAUGGUGAAACUGGACCUCAGGGCCCCCCAGGACCCACUGGGCCAGCUGGUGACAAAGGAGAUGCAGGACCCCCGGGUCCACAAGGAUUACAAGGUUUGCCUGGAACCAGUGGACCUCCAGGAGAAAAUGGAAAACCCGGCGAACCAGGUCCAAAGGGUGAAUCCGGUUCACCUGGAACUCCAGGAGGCAAGGGUGAUUCGGGAGCCCCGGGCGAACGAGGACCUCCGGGAGCCAUGGGGCCCGCGGGACCAAGAGGUGGAACUGGCCCCCCUGGUCCCGAAGGAGGAAAGGGUGCUGCUGGUCCCCCUGGGCCAGCUGGGCCUGCCGGGACUCCUGGUCUGCAAGGGAUGCCUGGAGAAAGAGGAGGUCCUGGGGGCCCCGGCCCAAAGGGUGACAAGGGCGAACCGGGCAGUGCGGGGGCUGACGGAGCUCCAGGGAAAGACGGUCCCAGGGGUCCUACUGGUCCCAUUGGUCCCCCUGGCCCAGCUGGUCAGCCUGGAGAUAAGGGUGAAGGUGGUGCCCCUGGACUUCCGGGUAUAGCUGGUCCCCGUGGUGGCCCUGGUGAGAGAGGCGAGCAUGGGCCUCCAGGACCCGCUGGCUUCCCUGGUGCUCCUGGACAGAACGGCGAGCCCGGUGCCAAGGGAGAAAGAGGUGCUCCCGGCGAGAAGGGUGAAGGCGGGCCCCCUGGCCUCGCGGGGCCUCCGGGCGGUGCCGGGCCUGCGGGCCCUCCUGGUCCCACGGGCGUCAAGGGUGAGCGUGGCAGUCCUGGGGGUCCUGGCGCCGCUGGCUUCCCUGGCGGUCGUGGUCCUCCUGGUCCUCCUGGUAAUAAUGGUAACCCAGGCCCCCCCGGCCCCAGUGGUGCUCCAGGCAAGGACGGCCCCCCCGGCCCCCCUGGCAGCAAUGGUGCUCCUGGUAGCCCUGGGGUGUCUGGACCUAAAGGUGAUGCUGGCCAGCCCGGAGAGAAGGGAUCACCUGGCCCCCAGGGCCCUCCGGGAGUUCCAGGCCCGCUGGGACUUGCUGGGAUUACCGGAGCUAGGGGUCUCGCAGGACCACCGGGCAUGCCGGGCCCUAGGGGAAGCCCAGGCCCACAGGGCAUCAAGGGUGAAAGUGGGAAACCAGGACCUGCUGGUCACAAUGGAGAACGUGGUCCUCCUGGACCCCAGGGUCUUCCUGGUCUGGCUGGUACAGCUGGUGAACCUGGAAGAGAUGGAAACCCAGGAUCAGAUGGUCUUCCAGGCCGAGACGGGGCUCCCGGUGGCAAGGGUGAUCGUGGAGAAAAUGGCUCUCCCGGUGCCCCUGGUGCUCCUGGCCAUCCAGGCCCCCCUGGUCCCGUUGGUCCAGCUGGAAAGAGUGGUGACAGAGGAGAAACUGGCCCUGCCGGUCCUUCUGGCGCUCCAGGUCCUGCUGGUUCCCGAGGUCCUCCUGGUCCCCAAGGUCCACGCGGCGACAAAGGUGAAACCGGUGAACGUGGCUCUACAGGCAUCAAGGGACAUCGAGGAUUCCCCGGUAAUCCAGGCGCCCCGGGUUCUCCAGGUCCCGCCGGGCACCAAGGUGCUAUCGGUAGCCCAGGACCCGCAGGCCCCAGAGGACCCGUUGGACCCAGUGGCCCCCCCGGCAAAGAUGGCACGAGUGGGCAUCCGGGCCCCAUCGGACCACCAGGGCCGCGAGGUAACAGAGGAGAAAGAGGAUCCGAGGGCUCCCCAGGCCACCCCGGACAGCCGGGCCCACCUGGACCUCCUGGUGCCCCUGGUCCGUGCUGCGGCGGUGGGGCUGCCGCCCUGGGUGUUGUUGGAGGAGGUGAGAAAGCUGGUGGUUUUGCCCCGUAUUACGGAGAUGAACCAGUGGACUUCAAAAUCAACACUGAGGAGAUCAUGACAUCACUCAAAUCAGUCAAUGGACAACUAGAAAGCCUCGUUAGUCCUGACGGAUCUCGUAAACACCCUGCUCGGAACUGCCGAGACCUGAAGUUCUGCCACCCUGAGCUCCAGAGUGGAGAAUAUUGGGUUGAUCCAAACCAAGGUUGCAAGUUGGACGCCAUUAAAGUAUUCUGCAAUAUGGAAACUGGGGAAACGUGCAUAAAUGCCAGUCCUCGGAAUGUUCCACGGAAGAACUGGUGGACAGAUUCUGGUGCUGAGAAGAAACAUGUUUGGUUUGGAGAAUCCGUGGAAGGUGGUUUUCAGUUUAGCUAUGGCAAUCCUGACCUUCCAGAAGACAUCCUUGAUGUCCAGCUGGCGUUCCUCAGGCUUCUCUCCAGCCGGGCCUCCCAGAACAUCACGUACCACUGCAAGAAUAGCAUUGCAUACAUGGAUCAGGCCGGCGGCGAUGUAAAGAAGGCCUUGAGGCUGAUGGGGUCAAAUGAAGGUGAAUUCAAGGCCGAAGGAAACAGCAAAUUCACAUACACAGUUCUGGAGGAUGGUUGCACUAAACACACUGGGGAAUGGGGCAAAACGGUCUUCGAAUACCGAACGCGCAAGGCUGUGAGGCUACCUAUUGUUGAUAUUGCUCCCUAUGACAUUGGUGGUCCUGAUCAAGAAUUUGGUGUGGACAUUGGCCCUGUUUGCUUUUUAUAAACCAAACUCUCCCUGAAACCCCAGCAAAAAAUUUCACACUCCGUAUGUGUUCCUCUCGUCCUAACCUUGUCAACCAGUACAAGUGACCAACUCAAUUCCAGUUAUUUAUUUCCAAAAGUUUUGGAAAAAGUAUAAUUUGGCAAAAAAGGAUACUUUUUUUGUUUUGUUUUGUUUUGGGUUUUUUUGCUGUUACACCAAUUACAGUCCAAAUGCUUUUUGUUCUAUUUUUUUACCAAUUCCAAUUUCAAAAUGUCUCAAUGGUGCUAUAAUAAAUAAACUUCAACACUCUUACAAUAACACUGUGUUAUAUUCUUUGAAUCCUAGCCCAUUUGCAGAGCAAUGACUAGGCUUACCAUCAAAAGAUAACCAUUCCUUCUGAAAUAGUCAACAUGAAAUUAGAAAAGACCUCCCUGUUUCAACUACCUCAACCUGGUCAGAAAUACAGAUGAAUUCUAGAAGACCUGGAAGAUUAAAAAAAAAAUUAUAUAAAUUAACAAUAAUUUCCUAAAAUAUUGGUAAAAGUGUAGUAGAAGAAUUUAAAGAGACAUUUUAAAAUCUACAAUUAUUUUAAUCUUGGAAAUUAACUGCUUUUAAAGGUGCUUUUCUCUUUUCUUGUCAUUGCUGAAAUGAUCAAGAUUACCGAUAUUUGGGAAGGCUUUAAAGACACAUGUUAUGGUGCUAAUGUACUUUCACUUUAAAAACUCUAGGUCAGAAUUGUUGCCUUGCAUUCAAAACAUAAAUGCACACCAUCUGUACAUGUCUCCUGUCAAAAACAUUUAUUGGCGUGUCACUUCAGGGGACUAUCUCCCUUGAUCCUGUAAAAGUCAACAACAACAAAAGACAAAUAGUGGGGCGCUUUUGUUACAGUAACACAGGGAAUGUGUUGAAAUUUAACUUUGUAAGCUUGUAUGUGGUUGUUGAUCUUUUUUUUUCCCUACAGACACCCAUAAUAAAAUAUCAUAAU